CACAGUAUAUGUGUGGCUUGUGAUAGUGAAACUUAUUAAUUCUUAAGUCCCAUCAUGAAACUGUGUGUGCUUCUCACCUUCGUUCUGGCGACUAUUGCCGUGUCUCUCGCUGUGAGUGAAAUUGAUCCGGUCAGUGAGAAUCAACCCCUGCAGGCUGUUCAACCUAUUCAGAACGUCAGACAGAAGAGGUUCCUCUUAGGAGCUCACGCUCUCGGUGCGGGAGCCCUUGGUGCUGGUGUCAUUGGUCUUGGAGCACUUGGUCUCGGCGCUGGUCUGAUUGGUGCUAAGGCUGGGUUGAUCGGAGGCGCCAUCGCUGGUAGCGCCCUCAGAGGAAGGAGCUUUGGUGGUGGCUGGGGAUACGACGGUGGAUACCACGGUGGAUACUACGGAGGAUACCACGGUGGAUACCACGGAGGAUAUGGUGGAUACGCACACGGAUAUCCGUACGCAUACAGGAGCUACUACCCCACUACAUCCUACAUAGUUUCAGACUCCUGGUGCUGAUUUGUGGAAGAACAUUUUAAAUUUUAGUUUUUAUAUAAUGUUUGAAGUGUGCUAGAGAUAGAAAUAGAUGUGAGAUCUCGCGACUGAUACACACAUUAGUUUAUAAGUGAAAUAAAAAAAUAAUAAUUUCAAA